AUGGCUAACAGUGUGACCGUCAACAAAAAGACUACGAAGCAUACCUUCUCUUGCAGUUUCUACCGUGAGGAUAUAACACCUUUGGUUCGAUUGAGCACCCGAGUUACUGGGCAAAAUUUGGAUGAAUUCAGAAGGACUUAUGGCCACAUUCUGCUUAUGCUAACUACUCGUAUUGAUGAAUGGGGUCUCUACACUCUUCUUCAGUUUUAUGAUUCUGAGCUGCGCUGCUUUACAUUUCAAGAUUACCAAUUAGCCCCUACCCUCGAGGAGUAUGCACAUAUUCUUCAAAUCAAAGUUCAACAUAAGGUUCCUUUUGUGUGUGCACCUGAGAAGCCCAAAAUGGAUCGCAUUGCUGAUGCUCUUUAUUUGAGCAUGAAGGAUGUUAAGGAUAACUGGAAGCCUAAUGGUGGGACCCAUGGAUUCUAUGUGAAAUUUCUGAUGAGGGAAGCUGAAGCCCUUGCUGAUAAGGAAAAGUAUGGGAAAAAAGGAUCAGUUGGGGGUUGUUUGCCAAUACUGUACGAAUGGUUUUCUUCACAUUUGCCUAAAAGCGGAGCAUUUGUCACUACAAGAGAUUCACAGAAGUGGCCCCAAAGGAUUAUGGGACUUACUGCAAAUGAUAUUGUUUGGUAUCACCUCCGAACAGACAUCGAGCAAGUUAUAACCAGAUGUGGCAGUUUUGGCAAUGUUCCUCUCAUAGGGACAAAAGGAGUUAUCAACUAUAAUCCGAAGCUAGCACUGCGCCAGUUGGGUUUUGUACUGAAGGACAAGCCUUUGGAUAAAGAGAUAUUUGAGUCCGUUUGCUUUGAAAAAGGAACUGAUCCAGAAGGUUUGGAGAAAGUAAGGAGUGCGUGGAACAAAAUUCAUACAGAAGACCGAACUACCUUGGGGGGAAAGAAUGCUAUUGCUAAGAAAGCUUAUACUGAAUGGGUUGAAAAGAGAGUUAAGGAGCGCCUGUUGCCUUUCCCGAAGGUUAACCCCCUCUAUGAACAACCACCUGAGAUUUUAACUGCCACUGUACCAGCUGAGGAGUACAACCAAGUACAUGUGGAGAAUAUCCGGUUGCGAGAAAAAGGGGAGGAUGCUAAAAUAAAGUACUUCUUGGUGGAUCAGAAAAGGGCUGAAUUAGCACAUGAGCUUGAAGAGGAAACCACUCAGAGGGUAGCAAUCGAGAAGAAGCUUGAAGAGGAAAUUACUCAAAUGAUAGCCAUGGAGACGCAACUUAAAGGUAGUCAUCUCUGUUCCGCUCGACUAACAGAAGAGAAUGCAAAGCUCAGAAACCAGAUAGCAGAAAUGGAAAGUACAUCUGAAAAGAAUACCCUCCCUGAUUGCAAAGGAUGUGAGAGCUUGGUGGCCCACUGUGAUAUGUUAGAUGGGCAGUUGUUUCGCAAAGAUGUGGUGAUUCAAAGUUUUGUCAAAGGAAGAGAUCGAGAAGUGACCAAGAAAAUGUUUGAUGAAACUAAGAAGUGGAGCGACGAGCACUUUAAACAAGGAGGACCUUUGUUUUACACCGAGAUGGAUUAG